UAGUGCCUGUCGCUUUCCCCUUGUCUCUCGUAAUUUCGCAUGUGUAUGCUUCUCCUCAGUCCUCACGUUUUACUUCUACUCACUUUGUAGCCCAAGAACUCUAUAUAUGUACCAUCGAGUUUUAAAUCCCUCAAAUCAUUAAGCAUUCUUCAAUCAUUUCUAGAGUUGGGUGUUUAAAAAUGGUGGCUGCUGAUGUGGGUAGUGGUGGUGGUGGGUGGAGAGAGAUGAAAAGUUUCUUGUUCAGAGUGAUUGUAGGCCGAUGGUUCAUGGUCUUUGCCUCACUUUUGAUCAUGUCAGUGGCUGGUGCAACUUAUAUGUUUAGUUUAUAUUCUAAUGACAUUAAAACGUCAUUAGGGUAUGAUCAAACUACUCUCAAUUUGCUUAGUUUCUUCAAGGAUUUGGGUGGUAAUGUUGGAGUCUUGUCAGGGCUCAUCAAUGAAGUCACCCCACCAUGGGUGGUUCUUUCCAUGGGAGUAAUCAUGAAUUUUUUUGGUUACUUCAUGAUUUGGCUUGCUGUUACUGGUCAUAUUGCCAAGCCAAAAGUUUGGCAGAUGUGUCUUUAUAUUUGUAUUGGAGCAAAUUCUCAAGCUUUUGCUAAUACUGGAGCUUUAGUCACCUGUGUCAAGAACUUCCCUGAAAGCAGAGGCAGUGUUUUGGGGUUGUUAAAGGGAUUUGUUGGUCUGAGUGGAGCUAUUUUGACUCAACUCUUCCAUGCUUUCUAUGGAGAUAACUCCAAGUCUCUUAUCUUGCUCAUUGCUUGGCUUCCUGCUGCUGUUUCUUUCAUUUUUCUUCGUACCAUUCGGAUAAUUAAGAUCGUUCGCCAAUCCAAUGAGCUCCAAGUUUUCUACAAAUUCCUGUAUAUUUCAAUUGGUCUUGCUGGUUUUCUCAUGGUUUUGAUUAUCAUACAAAACAAAUUCAGCUUUUCCAGAAUUGAGUACAUUGGAAGCGCUUCUAUUGUUCUUGUGUUGCUUUUUCUCCCGGUGGCUAUCGUUAUAAAAGAAGAAUAUGAUCUCUGGAGCAGCAAGAAAGCAGCCUUGAACGACCUGUCACCGGUGAAAGUAGUGACUGAAAAUCCUCCGGCACUGGAAUUGUCAGCAUCAACGCCAGCACCUGGAUCUCCAACGUCGACAGAGAAGCAAGCUUCUUGCAUGGACAACAUUUUCACACCACCAGAAAGAGGUGAAGACUUCACCAUAUUACAAGCACUGUUCAGUGUUGAUAUGCUGAUAAUAUUUGUCGCCACAACUUGCGGAGUUGGAGGCACAUUGACAGCAAUCGACAACUUGGGUCAGAUUGGGAACUCUCUCGGCUACCCAACUCGCAGUAUCACAACCUUUGUGUCACUUGUUAGUAUUUGGAACUAUCUUGGUCGAGUAGUGGCUGGUUUUGCCUCUGAAUUCUUGCUAACAAAGUACAAGAUUCCUCGUCCUCUAUUGUUCACAUUUGUGCUUCUCUUCUCUUGUGUUGGGCAUCUUCUAAUUGCCUUUGGUGUUCCAAAUUCUCUCUACUUCGCUUCUGUGAACAUUGGUUUCUGCUUCGGAGCACAAUGGCCAUUAAUGUUUGCCAUGAUAUCUGAAAUUUUCGGCCUCAAGUACUAUUCAACCUUGUACAAUUUUGGUUCUGUUGCUAGCCCAGUUGGUUCGUACGUUCUCAAUGUCAUGGUGGCCGGCCAUUUAUAUGAUAAAGAGGCAUUGAAGCAACUAGAGGCCUCGGGGAUUAAAAGGGAAGCAGGGCAGGAUUUGACAUGCAGUGGCGUGCAGUGCUAUAGAAUGGCUUUCCUGAUAAUCACCGCAACGACAUUAUUUGGGUGCCUUAUUUCCUUCAUUUUAGUGCUCAGGACAAGAAAAUUCUACCAAGGUGACAUUUACAAGAAAUUCAGGGAGGAGGCCAAGGUCACAGGGUUCAGUGUUAUGACUUCACCUGGAAAUGGUAAUCUGAAAGAAAUAAGAUCUGAAGCCAGGACGGAGGAGGACGGCAAUUCUAACACAGUGACAACCGCCGCUAACACCACCGCUGCUGCUUCCGUGAAAGAUAAGAACUAAUUAAAUAUACCAAUUCAUGAUUAGGUGGAAACUUUCUGAAGGGCAACUUUAUUGCUUUUAGCUUGCUUAGAACACAUAUUAGCAUAUAAAUGUUGCAAGGAAAACACAAAAAUUUCUUGCCUUGUAAAACCUGAAGAGUAAGAAAAUGAUUACUUACUGUAUAUGGAACUGUUCAUUGAAGUGGAUGUACAAUAAUUUAAUACCUAACUUUUGUUCGAAAUCAAA